UCGGAGAACAUCUCGCUCCUUUCCGGCCAACAAUACGCCGCGCAGACGCGGUCACAGCCUCCCCGCACCACCGCGAUACCUAGCGCCGCCUCGCCCCCCGCCGUCGCCGCGCCUCCGCGAGACGGGACCCCGCCAUGCCGAUCUCAUCCUCCCUCUCCGCGCGCCUCGGCCCUGGCCCCGCGCCCGCGCGCGCACGAUGGAGUCCUUACGCCCGCCCCUCCGAACCCCGCAGGAGCGGCGCUGGAAGCGGCUGCGCCAAGGCCUCCCGCCCGCCCCUCCGCCUCGAACCCGCGACGGCGAGACUCCUCGGCCCCGCGCGGAGGGCCGAAUCCCGCGGAUCGAGCCGCGGCGCCGCGUUCGGCACCGCAGCCCCUACACCUGCACGACGGCGGCUUGGAGACCUGAAGAAGUCGGACCGGAAGACGGAUCCCAAGCCGGCGGGUACGAAUCCAGAGCCGAUCCAGGAGCCGCGCGUCGAGGAGAGCCGUGGCUGCGGCGGUUUCGCUUUCCUCUGCGCCCUCGCUGGACACAAGGAGGCUAUUACUGGAAUCUCUAUGCCGAUGGGGUCCGACAAGCUCUACUCUGGCAGUGCCGAUGGCUCUGUUCGCGUAUGGGACGGCAACUCUGGCAAGUGUGUUGAUGUCAUCAAGAUGGGAGGGAAGAUUGGCUGUAUGAUCACUCAUGACAAGUGGGUAUUUGUUGGAAUCUCAAAAUCCGUGGAGGCAUGGAACAUACAGACAGGGAUGAAGCUAAGUCUUCAGGGACCUUCUGGGCUUGUUUGUUCCAUGACUAUCAAGGAUGAGAUGCUGUUUGCUGGCAUGGCGGACGGGCGCAUCAUGGCUUGGAAAUUUCCUGCUAAGGAGAUCAACUCGGAACUGGUGGCAAUCCUUGCUGGCCAUGACCGUCAUGUGAUUUCACUUGCUGUCUCAGCAACAAGGCUUUACUCUGGCUCACUUGACAAGACAAUCAGAGUAUGGGACCUUAAAAAUCUUCAGUGUGUCCAAACACUCUCUGAGCAUAAAGCUGCUGUUACUUCUGUGCUUUGUUGGGAUCAGAAGUUACUAUCUUGCUCUCUGGACAAGACCGUAAAGGUCUGGGCUGCUUCAGAAUCUGGAAGCCUUCAACUCAUGCAUACCCAUUCCGAGGAGCAUGGGCUACGCACCCUCUUUGGCAUGCAUCGUCCGGGAAAGACGCCGGUUCUGCUCUGCUCCCUCCACAAGAGCAGCCGCGUCCGCCUGUUGGACCUGCCAUCGUUCGAGGAGAUGGGCACGCUCUCCUCCAAAACAGAAGUGAAGACCAUCGAACUCGCCCAAGGAGGGCCAUCGAGGCUUCUCUUCACUGGAGAUGGCGCGGGCGAGCUCAAGGUGUGGAUGUGGGCGCCCCAGGGCGAGGAGUCCCCGACACCAGCGCUGCCAUAAACGUCAGCUAGACAUGCAUAGGCAUAGUCGAUCAUGCUCAUGCAUGCGCUGAGCUCCACCGCUGUGCUAUGUAGAAAUGUAAAUUAUUAUGCCAUUCAAGUAAAAUAACAGCUCGUCAUUUCCCAUGCACGGUCUGGAAAGCCUGACGAGCAGUAAUCCAUCGAUCCAUUUCCCAACGCAGCGCCAUAAACUACUCCCGCCCCCCCGCUUGAGUUGCGUGCCAUCCAUGACGUCAACCUAUAUAUGGCAAUGGUGUGGCGUCCAAACAAGCGAUUGCUCCAUUUACGUGCCCGAACACAACGGUAUGGCAAGCAUCUACACUAGCUUUACAAAGAGGCCUGAAGCAUCGCUGCCUAACAAUUCUAGUUCGUGCGAUCCAAUGAUAGGCUCUGGCACGGGCUUGCGUAUGUGCGAUGGUCACCGAUGCUAAUCCAGUCUCUUAUGGCCAACCGCCUUUCGUACGCUCAGGUCAGCAGUGCUGUUUUACCUUUGCUAGUUGGCCUCCUGAAUCUACGCACACAACGUGGUUUAGUCAGCGGCCCGGUGCAUGCAUCUGGCAAGUGCUUGCGAAAACAAGCAAAAGUUCUGGCCGAACCGCUCUCUACUUAUAGCGGCCGGCCAGUAGCUGGAGUUCCAGAGAACCUGAGCAUGCACGCACCUUGCCGAUGCCGCGGUGCUCCACUGUUGACAAAUUGGCGUGGCUGUCCGCGCGUAGUGGUGGUAGUAAACUCAUUCGCACCGAUGGUAACGUGUGGCUAAUUCCCGGCCGACAGGGUUACAUCUCUGUCGACUCAACUUAGCGCGGCGUCAAGCUGAAGCUGCAGUCUCAAGUUGUGUGCGAUUUUAGCAGCAACCUAUCCUUUUUUUUUCUUCUUCUCUAUUUCUUGUUUGAGUUGGAGGAGCCUUUCUUGUUAUCGGCGUCAAAUGAUAGUUAAUCGUGUAUUGGCCAUUUGGCCUUGUAUUUUAAGGAGAUGCCAGUGCAGUUUUAGGAAA